UCCUCUCUCUCUUCUGCUGAGCAUCUGCUUUGCUUUGCCUUGCCUUGCCUCGCCUCGCCUGCCUGCCUGCCUGCCUGCCUGCCUGCCUGCCUGCCUGUCUGCUUCCCCCAUCUCGUCUGUUCUACAUCGUUUGCCUUUGUUCGCCUGCCAGAGAGUUGUUCUGGCCACGGCGUCUGCCCCGCUAUCGAGCCCAGAGGUUCAUGGAACCAUGUGCCUGGGCCCCGCCCCAAGAUGAACAAUCCUCAUGACUAUCUUAUCUCGAGCGCCCCGAGCGCGCCUCCCCCGCGGCCGAUCGAUCCUAACAGUGCCGAUAGUUGGGUGAUGCUCAACCAGGGCGGAUUUGUAAAGCUGCAAAACGAAUCAAUCCUGUACAAGCUCGAUUCGCGCAUAUCAUGCGAACUGUCUGUCCCCCAGGAGCUUAGAGCUCGCUGCGUCCCGUUCCAGCGCAAGAGUGACAAGGGAGCGCUUUUCCUGACCAGCAAGCGGAUCAUCUACCUCCCCGCAAAGCCAACCCAGGAGCCAAAGUUCGAGUCCUUCAGCGCUCCCAUCCUAAAGUUCCAGGACUCAACGACCUCCUCGUCCAUGUGGUGGGGAUGGGUUUGGAAAUCAGACUGUAUCCCCGUGUCAGGCGGCGGAAUUCCGCCGGAGCUGCCUCGCGUUGAGGUCAAGUUCACUUUCUCGGAUGGCGGCAUGAUGGAGUUCAAUGAGGCUUACAUUGGCCUGCGAGAGCGCCUCUUCCAGUACCAGGAAAUGCGCAGGGAGCUGGACGGCAGCGUCCCAGACGAAGAUUUGCCUGCCUACGAGCAACAGGGCCCGACUUCAUCAGAGCAGUUGACCGUCCCACCCCCUAACCGCUCAGACAGUUCCGCGAGCCGCCGUGCUCCCAACGAGCCGCCGCCAAACUACGACGAGGCGCAAGCCCAGCAGCUCAGCAACCGGCUGGAAGACCACAUUCGUGGCGAGGUUGACCGUGGUGCCGAAGAAGAGUAGACGGAAUAAUGUGUGCUCCGUAGCGAAGCCAAGCCUGGGUGAAACGAUUAAUGAGACUACGAACAAUCUCUGUUGUGAUUUUGCGCUUGCUUCUCUAUGGAAUGGACCAACUUUGCCAGCUCGGUCUAGUCGCCGUAAUAUGUUGCUUUUGGAUGGAUUUGGAUGGCGCCGGAAGUACAAGAACUAUAUUCGAACCAUGGGUUUAUUACAGAUGGACAAGGGGUUUUUUUAUUAGAGCCCGCCAGGCCCUACUUUUGGAGGGCCUGGUUUGAUGAAAUGCCAGUUUUUGUUUUUUUGGG